AUGACUAUUCCUCACGAGACAAUCCCAGGGACAGAUAUCUAUGGUCCUGGCACCUUUAUCGAUAAGAAUGUUCUUGCCGUGCCCGAUGAUGCUCGCCGAGUAUUCGACUUUCUAGCCUCACAUACACCCGGUUUCACUCAAAACAAGAAACUAUGGGACACUGUCCACUUCGAGGGUCAGCCGGAUCCUAUGAUUCCUGGCCCUAUUAAAGCCCCUAUCGUUGCUGCCGCUCUACAUGCGAUGUGCGGUGUGGUAGCAAACGAAUUGUUGGAGCUUCGCGAUAGCAGACCAGCGUCCGAGGGCAGCGUGACUGUGAAUACCGACCAGGCAGGCAUUUGGCUUGGCUCUGUGGCAACAACCCAUAUCAACGGAUCUGACAUCGCAUCGCUGGCGCGGUCAGGAAAGCUGGGAGAUCUCUUCGACCGUGAUUUUGAAAAAGGUUUUGGGAAAGGCCUUGCAAGUAGGACAACGGCGAUAUACCAAACCAAGUAUCCCAAUGUGUGGUAUCAGCUUCAUGGAUCACUUAAUGCUAACCAUGUCCUCGAAACGAUGGGAAUCGACACAAACGUUUCAUUUAAUUCGCCAAGCGAAUACUAUGCUUAUAUCCAGAAACAUGUCCACCAGUGGAGCCCGGAUGAGCUCGAAAUGCACAAUGUACGCCAUGGCCUUUGUGGAAGCAUAUGCUAUAAGCCUGAAUCAUGGAGAGAGACAGAAAUGGGAAAGAAGCUCGCCAGGCAUCCGUAUGUGAACUACACCCAAGAGACAUACGCAGCCCCAACACCCAAACAUCCUUUACCCAAGAUGGCCAGCGACCAACGACCACUGGCAGGGGUUAAGGUGCUGGAGAUGGUACGCAUUAUUGCGGGUCCAACUAUCGGUGUGACACUCUCAUCCUUCGGUGCGGACGUUAUUAGAGUCAACUGUAGUAAAUUGCCGGAUCUCAACGUGCUUCAACUUGUCCUAAAUGCUGGAAAGCGUACCAUUGAUCUCGACGUUAACAGCCCCGAGGAUAUGGCCCGUCUUCGCGAGCUCAUUGCAGAUGUAGACAUAUUCGUGCAAGGAUUUCGCUACGGAUCGUUGGACAGAAAGGGUCUCGGGCUCCAAAACAUGUUAGAGUUGGCUGCGAAUCGAGGCAAAGGCAUUGUUUAUGUGGAUGAAAACUGCUAUGGUCCGGAUGGCCCCUUUGCUGAACGCCCGGGUUGGCAGCAAAUUGGUGAUGCUGCUUCGGGCUCAUCCUAUAUUAUGGGCAGAUCGCUGGGAUAUGCGGAUGAGAAAUGCGUCCUACCCCCUUUACCCGUGUCGGACAUGACUACUGGUCUUGUGGGUGCACUGGCGGCCAUGCUUGCUAUUCGCGACCGAGCAGUCAAAGGAGGCUCGUACCACGUCAUUAGCUCCUUGGUUGCUGCAGACAACAUAGCACUAGAGGAAGAGGUCGGAUUGUACCCACUGGACGUGGUUCAUAAGACAGCCGAAAAAUUUGGUUUUGCGCCUUCAACUCCAGAUCAGUUUGUUACCGAAAUUCUGUUCCAAGUUAUUAGUGGAUGGAAAAAAGGCCGACCAGGCUAUCUUGAUGAGGACUCGCCUUUAAUGACCACAUUUGAGCAAGGACCGUGGGGACGCCAGACCUUGCUGAAGCCAGUCGUCAGGCUUGGUGAUGAGACAGUCACGCCCCGGUGGACCAGCCCGUCUGUGCCCAAUUGUUACCACGACAGGGACAUCAGCUGGCAUUAG